AUGGGGGCCAGCACGUUCGUGACCUUCAAGUGGCAGGACUACCUGGUGUUCAGUGUCAUCCUGGCCGUGUCUUCAGUCGUUGGGCUGGUCUUCGGCAUCAGGUCAAGGCGACAAAAGAAGUCUGGAGCCAACGACAUGAUAACCGGAGGCGGGAAACUCCCAGUACUUCCGGUAGCAAUGUCCUUGAGCGCGACCUUCACUAGCGCCACCACCAUUCUGGGAAUCCCCGUUGAGGUCUACUCAAGGGGAGGCGAGCAGUGGUUGUGGGCCUUGGGUUUUAUCCCCUGUUUUCUCUUCGUGGCCUACUUCAUACUGCCCAUCUUCUACAAGCUGCACCUCAACAACGCCUAUGAGUACCUGGAGCUGAGGUUCAACUACGUCAUACGAUACAGUGGCUCUAUACUCUUCUCUAUAAUCAUUCUGACCUACAUGGCGGCCGUGUUGUACGCUCCUGCUGUUGCAUUAAGUCAAGUAACUGGGCUGUCGAAGGAAAUCUCCAUACUAGCCAUGGGAUUGUUCUGUACGCUGUACACCUCGAUUGGCGGGAUCAAGGCCGUGGUGUGGACAGACGCCUUCCGUCUGCUGGUCGUCUGGGUCGGCCUGCUGGUCGUCAUGUUCAAGGGCGCCGAGGACGUGGGAGGCUGGACACAAGUUUGGGACAUUUCCAGGACGGGCGCGAGGCUGCCUCGGUUUGACAUGAAUCCCGAUCCGUUUGUUCGUCACACGUUUUGGACAUUGGUGGUGGGCGGGGGCAUCAACAUGAUGACAGUGUAUGGCGCCAAUCAGGCAAACCUACAGAGAUAUGCCAGUGUUCGGACACUGAGAGAGUCCAAAUUGGCCCUGCUUCUGAACCUGCCCAUGUGGCUCUGUUACCUGACCAUACUCAGUCUACUAGGGCUAGUCAUGUUCGCCUACUAUGAGACAUGCGACCCUCUCUCGGCAGGGAUUAAACGAGACCAGUUAGUUCCCUUGUUUGUCUUGGAUACUCUGGGUUCUUUCCCCGGAUUACCUGGGUUGUUUGUAGCAGCUAUUUUUGGUGCGUCAAUAAGGUACGUGUUUAGCAGUGUUGUCAUCACUUCGGUCAGUACUUACUACUGA